AUGCUGUCGAUGGAGUCGUUGUGGUGCUCGUCGGAGAGCGAGCUCUCGACGCUUAGGCUCGCGAAGAGCGUGGAGAGGUCCGAGUACAGGUUCUCGAGGAGGAAGCCGUCGAAGAGUCUGAUACCGCAGGCGCUGUUGCACAGCACCGAGGCACAGCCGAGAUCGCAUCGCCGCAGACGAUCCGGCACAUGGCCGAGAACUAGAUCUCUGAACGCUCCGUCCCCCAUACAACAGUUUGGACCAUGUGGCAGGAUAAUGAAAAACUCGGCUAUGGUUAUGCAAAUCCAGGACCCCGCGUCGCAGCGCCUUACGUGGUACAAGCCACCGCUCACAGUGCUGGUCAUCAAGAAGGUGCACGACGCCAGCAUCCUGUCUUCGUUCGUUCAGCUGGUGCACUGGCUCGUACACGACAAGAGCAUGGUCGUGUUCGUUGAGGCCGCGGUGCUGGACGACACUUUGCUGGCGGAGUAUGGCGACUUCGCGUCGGUGCGCGACAGGCUGAUGACCUUCCGCGCCGGCACCGACGACCUCACCGACAAGAUCGACUUCAUCAUCUGCCUCGGCGGCGACGGCACCCUCCUCCACGCCAGCUCGCUGUUCCAGCAAUCUGUCCCGCCGGUGAUGGCUUUCCAUUUGGGCUCCCUCGGAUUCCUCACGCCAUUCGAAUUCAACAAUUUUCAAGAUCAAGUCAUGAAUGUAUUAGAAGGUCACGCGGCUCUGACCCUGAGGUCCCGGCUGCAGUGCGUCGUGCUCCGCAAGACCAGCGGCGACGGCAAGGACAAGAAGAAGCCGACCACCAUCCUGGUGCUCAACGAGGUGGUGGUGGACCGCGGCCCCUCCCCCUACCUCUCCAACAUCGACCUGUUCCUCGACGGCAAGCACAUCACUUCCGUCCAGGGCGACGGGCUGAUAGUGUCCACGCCGACAGGCAGUACGGCGUACGCGGUGGCGGCCGGCGCGAGCAUGAUCCACCCCUCGGUCCCCGCGAUCAUGGUCACCCCAAUUUGCCCCCACUCGCUGUCCUUCAGGCCCAUCGUGGUGCCAGCCGGCGUCGAGCUCAAGAUAACGCCUAGCCUUGAGGCGCGAAACGCUGCCAGCGUAUCUUUCGACGGUCGGUCGCAGCUAACCCUAAGGCCUGGCGAUAGUCUGUACGUAACGACGUCCGUGUACCCGGUUCCGUCGAUAUGCGCGCAGGACCAGAUCUCGGACUGGUUCGACUCGCUGGCCGAAUGCCUGCACUGGAACGUGAGGAAGAAGCAGAAGCAAAUAGACGAACUGAGCGACAUGACACAUUCGUCAAGCGACACCCUCGAGGAGCUAGACGGCAACCAUCACGAUGACCGGCCAGCGGACACG